UUUCGAGAUAAGCAACCCUGCCUGUGCGUGAUGUUACAGUCACACACCGUCUAAAUAAAACAUGGUGCCGACAACACUGGUGCUCGUGUUCUGGGUUUUACUGGGAGCCUGCCAGUCCGGUCCGGCAUUCCGGAGUGAGGCCGGAUGUUCUGUUCACCCGUGCCCGUGGUCUGAUUCUCCGGUGUGCGCCUCUGACGGCCAGACUUACCAGAACCAGUGUACUCUGGACAACUAUAUCUGCAUAGCAUCACAGGAAGGAAAACAACUCUACAAGGUCCACGAUGGCUCGUGCAGCAGUGUCUCGGGCAGUGUUGCGCCUUCCCCCGACUGUGAGGUCCACCCCUGCCCGCUACCCCCGCACGGCGAGGGCCAGGUCUGCGCCAGUGACGGACAGACCUACCAGAGUGACUGUGAGCUGGACGUGUCUGCCUGUCUAAUGGCACAGGAAGGCAAAGAAGCGCCAGUCAAGGUGCACGACGGCCCGUGCGUGAGCGACAUCUUGCAGAAAAGACUGGUAUCGCCGGACUGUGAGGUGCACCCCUGCCCCCCGCCGCUGCCGGAUGGACAGGUGUGCGCCAGCGACGGGCAGACGUACCAGAGUGACUGUGUUCUCGAGGUCUCUGCGUGUCUCAUGGUGCAGAACGGCCAAGAGGCACCUCUGAAAGUCCACAACGGAUCGUGUGACGACUGUGACGUCCCUCCCUGUCCCCUGCCGCUCCCGGAGGAGGUCAUCUGCGCCAGUGACGGCGUGACGUACCAGAGCAACUGUAUUCUGCAGGUGGCUGCUUGUCGUUUGGCACUGAAAGGCCAAGAGGCACCUCUGAAGCUUCACGAUGGGCCGUGUGAAAGCGCCACUCAGCAUGUUGAGUUCCAACUGCAGGCGUCCCCAGAUUGUCUGGUCCACCCUUGCCCGAUAGAGCCACACGCCGAGAUAUGCGCCAGCGACGGACAAACCUACCAGAGCGACUGUGUGUUUGAGGUCUCCAGCUGUCUCAUGGCGCAACACGGAGAGGAAGCUCCUCUGAAGGUCCACGACGGACCAUGUGAGAGCGCCAUCAUCCCGCCAGAAGCGCAGCCCCAUCCCGACUGCCUGGUGCACCCCUGUCCUGGGACCAUUGAUGACGAACGGGUCUGUGCCAGCGAUGGGAAGACGUACCAUAGUGACUGCGACCUGGAUGUUACCGUAUGUGUAAUGGCGAUGCAAGGAGAAGAGGCGCCCAUCAAGGUUCACGACGGACCGUGCGAAAGCGCCACUCCAAGGCAGUGGAUAGGAGUCGAACUGCGCCUUGCUGCCAAGCUGGUGGACUCGGCCGUGCAGGGAGAUGGCAUUGACUACUGCGACCCUGAUUACGUCUGUUCUAAGGAGUUCAACCCGAUAUGUGGAGUAGAUGGCAAUACGUACGGGAACAGGUGUUUCUUUGAGAAGGCCCGGUGUUUCUGGGCUCUAGCCGGGAUGAACCUGUACGCGGUGGGGGAGGAGGGGUGGACCUGCGCCGAGCUCGCACAGAUGUGGGCAACGGGAGCUCCGAUCACCGGCUAUGCGCUAGCGCUAGACUAGUCUAGUCUUCACCCACGCGGGCUGAGAAAUAGAAAUUUAGCCUACUAAUGAGAAUAAGUUGCAUGGGAUUUUGGUUAGAGAUUCUUUACUUGGGGAUCUUUCUUGGUCAAUACUUAACCCUACUUUUACGAAUUCUAAUAUCCAUUUUGCAAUCGCUUUUCUCAGCCUGGCAGAUAUAGUUAUCGCGAUCGAUCGUCAGCCAUUUUUUCUCCCGGACGGUCCCCUUGGAGCGAUGUACUUCGGUUGGUGCAUCACGUAUGAAUACAUGGCCAGGGCAAAUGUGGUAUCGUUGUAAAUUAAAAAUAAAGAAUAGAAAAUAAGCCUUCCAGUGAUGUAUAAUAAAAUGCAAUAACUGUACGUA